AGUCCAAGUUUAAGUUCAAUUUCUAUGCCUAGCAGAUCAAAGGAAAAGCAUUACAUCAUUAUAGGUUGUGGUGUAAUUGCAGGGGUACUUAUUUGGUUAGUAACUCAGUUACUCGUGAUCAGACUUGCAGGGAAAGGGAGAAUGGAAAAUGAUGGAGAAGAAUGGAGUAUGGUUUCAUUUCAAAGAUUGGGAUUCAAUAAAUGGGAUAUUUUGGGUGGUUUGACAGAUCAAAAUUUGGUUGGAAAUGGAGGGUCAGGAAAAGUAUAUAGAGUGAUCACAAAGAAAGGCAAAAAAGUUGAUGUUAAAAGUAUAAGGCAUGAACGAAACGAAGGCCACAUUUUGGAGAAGCAGUUUACAGCAGAGGUUAAGAUCCUUGGGGGAAUUAGGCACAACAACAUAGUGAAAUUGUUAUGCUGCAUCAGAGGAAAGACAACAAAGCUAAUUGUGUACGAAUACAUGGACAAACAAUGUCUUCAUAAAUGGUUGCAUGGAAAGAAGAAAGGCUUAACUACUCAAGUCUUGCAGUGGGAGAGGAGGCUAAAAAUUGCCAUUGGAGCUUCACAAGGGCUUUGCUAUAUGCAUCACAGUUGCAAUCCACCCAUUAUUCAUAGAGAUAUCAAGUCCAGUAACAUACUCGUCGAUUCUAACUUCAAUGCCAAGAUUGCAGACUUUGGACUGGCAAAGAUGAUGGCGAGCGAAGGAGAUCCAGAAACAGCAUCUGCUAUUGUGGGAACCUUUGGUUACAUUGCCCCCGAAUAUGGCAGUACAGGAAAAGUGGAUGUGAAGAGCGACAUCUACAGCUUUGGUGUAGUUCUCUUGGAAUUGACAACGGGAAGAGAAGCAGUGACUGGAAAUGAGGAUAUGAACCUGGCGCAAUGGGCACACAAACACCAAACAGAAGGGAACUCAGCUGCAGAUGCCCUAGAUGAGGAGAUCAAGGACCCACGUUAUCUGGAGGCAAUGAUCGCUGUUUUCAAAUUAGGCCUUGCAUGCACUUUGAAUUCUCCAUCAAGCAGGCCGUUCAUGAAAGAUAUUUCACAGAUUCUUCAAAGAUACAGUGAAAACACUCAUAUGUCUCUAGAGAGCCAAUAGACAAUAUAAUAUUUCCACUUUACUUUUG